AUAAGUGAGUUCUGGGGACCUCGCCCACAGCUAUCAGGUACCAUCUUGGUCCUUCCGGAAGGCUGGAGGGGCGUGCCUUUGGUGCGUCCUGGCCGAGAGCAUGGAAGACACCCAGACUAUUAACUGGGAUGCUGAAGAAGAGGAGGAGACAGAGCAAUCCAGAGGAUCCUUGGGGCAUAGCUCGGAACCUGUGGGGCAACUGAGAAUUUUCAGUGGCACGCAUGGACCAGAAAAAGAUUUUCCACUAUAUCUUGGGAAGAAUAUGGUAGGCCGAAGCCCUGAGUGUGCAGUGACCCUGCCCUUUCCAUCCAUCUCCAAACAACAUGCAGUGAUUGAAAUUUUGGCCUGGAACAAAGCACCCAUCCUUCAGGAUUGUGGAAGCCUCAAUGGUACUCAAAUCCUGAGGCCACCUAAAGCCUUGAGCCCUGGAGUGAGUCAUCGUCUGAGGGACAAGGAAUUGAUUCUGUUUGCUGACUUUCCCUGCCAGUACCAUCGCCUGGAUGUCCCUCAACCCGUUGUUUCCCAGGGCCCUCUAACAGUAGAAGAGACCCCCCGGGUACAGGGAGGAACUCAGCCCUCUCGGCUUUUGGUUGAGGACUCAGAGGAGGAAGUAGAUUUUGUUUCUGAAAGGUGUGUUACGAAAGAAUCAGCGACCACAUCCUCCCCUUUGCCAACAGUGGUUCCAGAAAGUGAUGAAGAAGGGCCUUCUCCAGCCCCUGGUGGUUCUGGGACAUCUUUUCCCUUCAACUUGGACAGUGACACAGAUGAGGAAAAAGACCAACAACCAGCAACAGUGGAGACUGCUUUAUCUUCAAGGAAAGAUACCACUGCAGAGGCAGAGCAGCCUGAAGCCAGUGGAGUUCCGACUACUGUCAGACUAGUAAAGGCUCAAUCUUCAGUGGAGAAUGACCAGGGCACAAAAAUUAAGAAUGUGGGAAAUGGAGAGAUUCUGAAGAGGAGCCAGCCUCCUGAGGACAGUGACACAGAUGUGGAUGAAGAAGACAGAUCUCCUGGCAGGGCAGCUGAUGUCCAUUUGGAAAGGGCUCAGACUUCUGGCUUUGUGGAUAGUGAUACUGAUAUGGAAGAAGAGGGAAUUCCUGCCACCCCCGUUGUUCCUAUGAAGAAGAGGCAAAUCUUCCAUGGAGUUGGUACAAAGGAUCCUGGAACACCUGGUGUGGCACAUGUGCAAGAGAGCCCAACUGGUAGUGAUACAGAUGUGGAGGAGGGCAAAGCUCCACUGGCUGUCCCUGCAGAGAGAAACCAAACUUCCGUUGUGAUCAACAGCGAUACAGAUGAUGAGGAAGAAGUCUCAGCAGCACUCACAUUGGCAUGUCUGAAAGAGAAUGGAUCUGUUCUAUGGGACAGAGGCACAGGCAUGGGAGCAGACAGAGAACAACCUGUAGUUCUUCAAGAGCAAAGCCACAUUGACUCUGGGAAAGACAGUGACACAGACAUGGAAGAAGAAUGGCUCCCAGUGGAAAAGAAGGAAACUGUCCCUAGUGGUCACACAGACAAGGGUGGGGCUCUUGUUAUAGCAGAUUCAGAAAAAGACCAACUUUCUUUUAGCAACAGCGAUGUAGGUGAGAAAACAGAUCUGAGCUCAUCUAGGAUUCACCUUCAGAGAAGCCAGAACUCCUCCUCUACUGUAAUGGGCAACAAUACAGAAAUGGAGGAAGAAGUCCCAUCAGGGCCAGUUGUUACAAAUCAGGAGCCUAGUGAGGGUACAAAUCAAAUAGAUGUGGAAGCAGGAGGGAGCCUAGCAAAGAUGCCUGUGGUUCCUCUAGAGGAAGAUGGACUUCCUGAUGAAAACUGGGAUACAAAUGUGAUAGAGGACCGGUCCUUAGUAGUAGCAGAUGUGAAAAAGAAUCAGCAUCUGGAAAAAGAAAAUCCUAGACCUGCAGAUGUCUUUGAGCAGGAGCAAGCUCUUGAGGUAGUCACCCAAAGUGGAACUCCUAUGACACAAGUGGAGCAGAUAUUAUUGCACCCAGUUAAGCCCACCCAAUCACAGAGAGAGGGAGCCCAGACCCCAACAGGAAGAGGGGAAAAAGCACAUAAGGGCAGGACCAAGGACUCCAAAGACAACUAUGAUGAUCCUGAAGAUCUGGACCUUCAGGCUACUCAGUGCUUUGUGGAGAGAGAGAAUCAGAGCGUGGAAGUAGUCCAGAGGAUGGAGGAUGAACCCACCCAGGCCUUCACAUGUACCCUACCCCAGGAGCCCAGCCCUUCUCAGACCCCAGGUGCCCCAGAUGAGCCUUGGGAAGUCUUGGCUACUCAGCCAUUCUGUCUGAGAGAGGUUGAGGUCUCUGAACCCCAGCCCACUGCUGCCCACUUUGAGGUUCACAGAUCUUGCCAAUCUCCAUCUAGGGCAGUAUCAAGAGACCAGCAUCCAGAGAACCCAGUUCACACAGAGCCAUUGGAGAUUGAAGGCAAAGGGAUGCAGACUGUGGAGAAAGUAAUGGACACACCAAAAGGAACAGCGGAGAGGGUGCAACCUGAGAAAUGGCUGUCAGAGAGGGAAAUCAAAGGAUGGCCAUCAGACAGUGAGAAAGAAGAUGUGACAGGGGAAAAAGAAUUAACUAGAGAGAUAGAGGAUAAAGAGCAAAACCAAAUGUUAGCUGGAGCUGUCCAAACACAAGAGUUUGACACAAAAGUGAAAAGUGUAAGUCCUAAAAGGGAUAGGGAAAGUUUGGCAUUAGAAAUGGAGACAUCCAAGGAAAUACAAGAAAACGAGAAGAAGGAGGCCCUUACAAGAGAAGUACUUGAGAGACAGGAAGAUAAACCAGUGCCAAAGAAAAAAUGCAAGCCAGCUGAGUUAGAAGUGAAUCUAGAUAGAGGGGAGGCAGACACUGGGAGCCAGAACCAGAAAGGGCAAGCCACCAGUCCAACACCGGAGUUUAGAGUGGAAGCAGGGCACCUUCAGGGACUUACUUCAGGCCCCAUAGUUUCUGAGAGCCAGCCAGGUGGCAGAAGGAGAGCCCUAGUGAAUCCCAGGAGGCAACAAAGAGGCCACUCCAAGCGCAAGAUGCCAGCUGCUAAGAAGGCUUCCAGGGGUGAACCAGAAUCCCCAGAUGCUUGUCUGCCUCUGUCUGAGGUUUCAGCCCCACCUCACAGUCCAGGAUAUCUUGCACCUCAGCCUUUUCUUCCUCCUUCUCCCUCUUCUUCUGAGGCACCCACUCUUAGCAAAAGGCACAGUGGGAGUCAGGAAGCUCCAGAAACUCCCUUGUCCUCAGAGUCUUUUCACCCAAAGCAUAUUGUUAGGCCUCGUCGGUCCUCUAGGACGACACCCUCUCCACUCUCUACUGCUCCUACCACUCCCAUAGACCAGCCCAUCCCCCCUGAGCCUACAUAUCAGGCAACCCGUACUAGGACACGUAGAACCUCUGUCAAGACCCCUGAACCAGUUGUCCCCAUAGCUCCUGAACUGCAGUCUUCCACCUCCACCAAGCCUGUGUCUCAUGCCACUCGGGGUAGGGCCCUUAGAUCCUCUGCCAAGACCCCUGGACCAGUUAUUCCCUCAGGCCUUGAACUCCAGUCUUGUAUCUCCACAGUCCAGCUUGUCACCCCCGAGCCUACCUCUCACACCACUCGAGGCAAGACACGUAGGUCGUCCAUCCAGACCUCUAGACCAGUUGUCCCCACGGGCCCUGAACUCCAGCCUUCCACCUCCACUGCUCAGCCUGUCACCCCCAAGACUACAUCUCAUACCACUCGAGGCAAGACACGCAGGUCCUCUGUCCAGACCCCUGGACCAGUUGCUCCCACAGGUCCUGAACUCCAGCCUUCCACUUCCACAGUCCAGCCUGUCACCCCUAAGACUGCAUCUGAAGCCACUCAAGAUAGGACACAUGGGUCCUUUGAUGAGACCCCUGAAACAGUUGUCUCCAUAGGCUCCAAACUCCUGCCUUCUCCCUCCACGGAGCAGCAUCCUGUCACCUCAGGGCCCACAUCUCGAGCCACUCGGGGUCGGAAAAAUAGGUCCUCUGUCAAAACCCCUGAGUCAGUUAUCCCCACAGACCCUGACCUCCAGCCUUCCACCUCUGUUGUCCAGACUGUCACUCCGAAGCCUACAUCUCGGACUACUAGGAGCAGGGCGUGUAAGUCUUCCAUUUUGACUUCUGAUCCUGAGCCCUUCACCUCCAUAGACCAGCCUGUCAUCCCUGAGACUAUAACUCAUAACAGGACUCUAAAUUUUUCAUCCGUAAGUGCUACCCCAGUUGUUGCCACCUCUGAAGUCCCUCCUGCCACUAUAGCCCAGCCUGUUCCCCUAGAGCCCAUGCCUCAAGCCAAUCGUAGCAGGAAACAGGAUGCUGGAAAACAUGGUUCUCUCACACCUGUUAACCUCAAGCCUUGCCCUGCACCCCCUGAAUCGAAGCCCGAGUCCUCAAAUAACCAAAGACCAGGUGCUGCAAGAGCAGUUGAAUCCUUUGGGACCAUUCCUGAGCCUGCCUCUCACCAGCUUCCUCAGGCACCUACUCAUGCGCCCCGGAACCAAAAGAUAAAAACAGAAAGUACAUCUGGGUUCACCCCAGAGCCUCUGCCUAAGUUUUCUCAAAUCCGCAAGAGGCCUUCUGCUACUGAGGGCUCACCACCACUCCAAAAACGGCCCCAGAAGACAGUGUUCCUCAAGGAAGAGGAAGAUACUGUGGAGGAGCCAGGGAAGGAAGAGGAUACAGUGAUCCCAGGACCAGGCAAGAGGAAGAGAGACCAGGCAGAGGAGGGGCCCAAAGGACCAAGCCGCAGCCUCAGACGGGCCAAACCUAGUCAAGGAUCAGCCCCCAAAGUACUCUUCACAGGAGUCGUGGAUGCUCGUGGGGAGCGGGCAGUGCUGGCACUUGGGGGGACUCUGGCCAACUCAGUGACAGAUGCUUCCCACCUGGUCACUGACCGAAUCCGCAGGACUGUCAAGUUCUUGUGUGCGCUGGGAAGGGGAAUCCCUAUCCUCUCUCUGGACUGGCUAUAUCAGUCUCGCAAGGCUGGUCACUUCUUGCCCCCAGAUGAGUAUCUGGUGACUGACCCUGAGCAGGAAAAGAAUUUUGGCUUCAGCCUUCGAGAUGCAUUGAGCCGGGCUCGGGAGCGAAGGCUGCUGGAGGGCUAUGAGAUUCAUGUGACCCCUGGAGUCCAGCCACCACCACCUCAGAUGGGAGAGAUCAUCAGCUGUUGUGGAGGCACGAUCCUGUCCAACAUGCCCCGGCUCUAUAAGCCUCAGAGAGUUGUGAUCACAUGCCCCGAGGAUUUCCCUCGUUGCUCCAUCCCAUGUCGGGUGGGGCUGCCCCUUCUCUCUUCUGAGUUCCUGCUGACUGGAGUUCUGAAGCAAGAAGCCAAGCCAGAAGAUUUUGUCCUUUCCAAUGCAGAAAUGUCAUCUACCUGAAAACCCUAGUACCUAGUAUCUUUUCCCUCCCAGCCCAGUAAAUAAAGUUCUAGAAGACAUAUGUUAAAAAGAACCAAGGGCUUUAGCAAGGACUUGGGUAAAUUGUUAUGUCUUGUCCUAGAAUAUAGAUGAAACCAGAAAGUUUAUGGGAAAACAGAAAGAUAGGGAAAUUUGGAACCAAAUGUAGAAUGGCCAUUCUGCCUAAAUUUGUAGCCAGAUAAUGAUGGUGUACAUCUGUAAUCUUGGCUACUCGAGAAGCAGAGGCAGGAGGAACCAGAGUUUGAGUUUGAGGCCAGCUCAAC